GUGCGUGGCCGCACCUCGCUAUCGGCCCCCAAAUAAGCUGUAGAACUGAGGAGCCACCAGUCGGCCCUUCCCGCCCUAGCGACCGACGCUCGGCCGAGAGGACCUGCGCUGGGCUGAGGAGCGAGGCUCCGCGGGCGGCAGGGCGGCCGCGCCGGCCUACGGGCGCUGGAGAAAUGGCGGCGCUGGCCCGGCCGCCGCGGCCCCCGCCUCCCCCGGCGGCGAGGGCGGGCGCCCCCGCGCACCUCCCGGCGGCGCGGUCCGGGAGGGAGGCGGGGAGGGGGCGGCCCGGCGCCGCCGUGCGCGGCAAGGUGUGUCCCAGGUGCCCGGGCUAUAUCAGGCGGCGCGGCGCGGUGGCGCAGCUGCCCCAUGGCAGCACCCAUCAUGGCCGAGCCACGCUCCAAGCGGCCCCGCGUCACCCUGCCCGCCUGCCCGGCGCACCGUCCGCUGCCCGGCAGCCGCGUAAGGCAGAGCUUUCCGCCCGCCGUGGAGGAAGGCCUCUGCGGUGUCACCGGCGCCCUGCUGGAGCUCGCCUACUGCCUGCAGGCGCUGGGUGAAUAUUUUGAUCAGUCGCACGUGGCUCUACCAAACGUUUCAAAGUUCUUCUUGCAUCAAGCUCUGGAAGAAAGAAAAGCUGCAGAGGCUUUGAUGAAGUAUCAGCAAGAAAGAGGAGGCCAUUACUGUUCUAAAACUAUCCAGAAACCAAACUGUGAGUACGCAGUCGGUCUGAUGAAAGCCCUGGAAGUAGCAAUGGUACAGUGGAAAACUAUGAUACGAUACUUUGAAGAGCUUUAUGCCCUGAGUAUUGAAAAUGCAGACCCUCAUAGCGCAAGCACUAUCAAGAAACAAUUUAUCAGGCCCAAAAUCCAGAAGAUCAAGCUGAUGGGAGAUCUACUGACCAAUGCUCGCAGGCUUGACUGUUCCCAAGAUGGCAGAAAUAGUCUUGGGGAUUACUUUAUGGACCGGCUGCAGAAAGAGUUCAGAACAGGCACAGAGCCAGAGUCUAGUCAGCACUGCAGCCCCUGCCCGCCUCUUCAGCAGCAUACAGGAGCUGCAGGAGUACAGGAGGGUCUGAAGCGACCCCAGAGAGACUUCUCCCAGCACAGAAACAGCAUAGGGCCAAUAUAUGCAACCAUACACUGCACUACCAUGGUGCCACAGUGUAAUGAUGGGACAGGAGCAAAAGUGAAGGGACUUUAAUGCUGUGGCUCUUGCAGCUAUGGGGCGGCUCCUAAGGCAGACCUGUACAAAGGGUGGCCUUGAGACCAGAACUCAGGAGACAUGGUGUUGUAUUGCUCCUCCUGCUUUAUACCCUGUCCCCUUGUCCUCUGCUGAGCCACAGCUCAAAAUCUAGGACAUACCAUUAUUUUGUUUAAAUGAUAGCAAGGUUGCUACUUACCUAGGUUGUCAGCGUUAGUCAUGCUUUUAUCUAUGCAAUUCCGAAAAGUGAAAGGCUUUCAAGCCUCUCUUCUGUCUUAAAUGAUUAAUAGGAUUAGUUAGUGCAAAUUAUUUUUAACAGUGUGUAUAUAUAAAUUUUACUGGGGGGGGGGAAACCUAAAUGCAGCUUUAGUAUAAGGAAACUUCUAUGUGGCAAAAAUCCAAAGAUUUAGUUUUAUAUUAUUAAUAUUUUAUAUUACUAACAAGAAUACUAACAUAAUGAACUUUUUUUAUAGUUGUUUUAAAACAAAGUUUUCUUGUCUUAUUUCUAUUGUAGUAGCAAUUUAAAUAAGUAGUCUUUACUUAUCACCCAGCUAUUUUUAGUGGUAUACUUCUCCAAGAUGAAGGAUGCAACACUUCCUUAACAGUAGAAAUAAGACAAUGUGCUGGUUUUCUCCACAGUUAUUUGCCUAAUUGGCUACUCUCAUCCUCCGAAAGUAGAUGAGAGAUAAAUUAGAGGUUCUCAUUAGAUGUGAUAUUUACAGGUUCUGGUGCAUAUUUUGCAAGUGUCACUGAAGACACUAGCUCUAGGGCUCUGUCCAGACCUAACCUAGGAUGAUUGCUUUAAUUACUACACAGACCCUCUUUCAGCUGGCAAAUUUAUGGUAUUACUAUGAGUCCUGGUUUUGGCUGGUAGAGUUAAUUUUCUUUCUAGUAGCUGGUGUAGUGCUGUGUUUUGGAUUUAGGAUGAGAAUAAUGUUGAUAACAUAGGGAUGCUUUGGUUACUGCUGAGCAGUGCUUAUACAGAGUCAAGGCCUUUUUUGCUUCUCACCCACCUCAUCAGCAAGUAGGCUGGAGGUGCACAAGAAGUUGGGAGGGGACACACAGCUGGGACAGCUGACCCCAACUGACCAAAGGGAUGUCCCAUCCCACAUGAUGUCAUGCUCAGCAUAUAAAUUAGGGGAAAAGCUGGCUGGGGGUGUCCACUGCUAGGGAACUGGCAGGGCAUUGGUCAUCGGGUGGUGGGCAAUUCCAUUGUGCAUUUCUUGCUUUGUAUAUUAUUUUAUCAUUAUUAUUUUCCCUUAAUUUUCUGACCUAUUAAAUUUUCUUUAUCUCAAGCCACAAGUUUUACUUCUUCUCUUCCCCACCCCAGUUGUCUCCCCCAUCCCACAGGGGGGGAGCGAGCGAAGAGCUGUGUGGUGUUUAGUUGCCUGACAGGUUAAACCACAAUGCUAUGGUACUAGUGCUACUUCUUGUAUUACCUAUCUUGGUCCUCAGUAGAGGAAUAAGAUCCUAGUGAAAAUGCAGCACACUUAAUUAAAAUAGCAUCAUAAUGAGUGGCCUCUCAUUAGUUUUGCAUUUCAGUUAGGGUAGUGUUCAGUUAGGGGUGCUAUUAGCACCACCACACCUAAGACCUUCACUUUAGCCAGCUUGUUUAUGUUCAGAGGUGUCCAAACUCCUCCUGUUCAUCUCCUACAGAAGUGCCUCUCUAAACUGGCUACCAAGGUCACCUAAGAAGAGCAACUGCCUCAAUAAGCUGCCUGCAGCUAGGGUUCUUUUGUCUUUUAUGUAAUCAGGGUUUGUUUCAUUGAAAGAUUGUUUUACUCUUUUUUUUUAAUCUUGUUUUACCCUAUGUGACACUGUAAGCAGUAGUUCCAUUAUGCUCAAAAAUAAAUUCAGUUAAUGUUAAAAAUGGCACUUUGCAUCUACACUGUAUUCCUCAAUUUACCAUAUAGGCAUGGCCUAGUGUUCUUCUCAGAGUUUUUUUUUCUUAUGUAUACAAAACUGCACCAGUACUUUUUCUACUACUAAGAAAGUUGCACAAGAUGGAAGAGUAGAUCACAGAACGAAAAGAAAUGUCAGAAAACUGCAUUAAGACAAGAACACUGCCCAAUGAAACCUUUUCAGUAAACUCUUAUACACAGCUGUAGUUAAGUAGCCAUUUCUGCAAAAAACCCCACCUAGUUUCUGUUUGUGUUGUAACACAGGAAAGACAAUUAUACUGCAGAUGCUUUCCCAGUCUUUCUUUGGGGGGGGGGGGGGGGAUCACUUUCAAACAAUCCCUGUAUUCAUUUGUAAAAAUACUGCAGUGUGCCACAAGAACAGCUCGAAGCACUUUUAUCAACAUGCUAGAUUUGCCUAUUUUGAGAUGGCUGCUGUCUAAUACAGCAGUAGUUUGAAAGAUAUUUCCAUCUGGGCUAGAUUCCAUCACCCAUCCUCAUGCUGAGCAUACUUUAUUCAACAAUUAGUUCCACUGACUGCAACUCAACAUGAAUAAGAGCAAUGG